UUUUUAUUUUUUUCAAUUUCGAUAUUGCUCAUGUUAGCCUCAAAGCAUCAGCGCAUGUUAGCAUCGAGCUGCAGCGUCCUAAAGCUCAUCUCCCUGUAUCUCUUUCAUUUCUCUUAGUUUUCAGUAUUGAAAGGAAUUUAUUCAGGUAAAGAGAAAAGAAGAUCAAUUAGAGAUGGCAAGCGUGGUGGAUGCGGCGGGAGAACCGAUCGCAACGUCGGCGGUGCUAAUGGCAGUGUCUAAGCACAUUGGGACGAGAUGCCAGCUGGAGAAUGUUGAGUUUUUGAAAUGCAAGAAGAGGGAUCCCAAUCCUGAGAAAUGUCUCGAUAAAGGUCGACAAGUUACUACUUGUGUCCUUGGCUUGCUAAAAGACCUUCACCAGAGGUGCACAAAGCAGAUGGAUGAUUAUGCUGGUUGUAUGUAUUACCAUACAAAUGAGUUUGAUUUAUGUCGCAAGGAGCAGCAAGCAUUUGAGAAGGCAUGUCCAUUGGAAUGAUUGGCGGAAGAUACUUGUGAUAUUGCGCUCAGAAUAAGUUAGAUCACCUGGCAAAGAGCAAAUACUGUGUUGCCAACAUUUUUAUCUUGCUUUACACCAUGAAUUUUCACCCAUUUUGUGUGGUUGAGAUCAUUUGUUGGAAAUGCUUCUGAUUCAAAAGAAGACUCUACCCUCUAUUACCAUAAUCGAUGACUGCAUCGGUUAGAGUUGGAA